AUGGCGCCGCCCAAGCCUAUCGCCCCGACUCCUCGAUUCCUCCUACCUCGCCUGACAUGGAAUGGCACACCCCGCCUUACCACCAGCACGGCGCUCCAGGGCGUCUCGGCCUCAACAACUCGUCAAGAAGAUAGGACAGUCGACCGGUUUUUGGGGUUGCAGCGGAGGAAGUUUCAUAAUAUUGUGGUUGAGUCUGCUCGUGGCUCUCUUGGACCGUCGUUGGUUUCCAAACAGCCUCGUCGCCCCUCUGCGCCUACAACGACGACGACAAGCACGACGAGGGAAAACAACAGCAACCCCGUCAGGCAUAAUGGAGUAUAUGUUGCAGCUUUCAGGCCGGCGCGACGCGCAUUCCAUGCAUCUGCUGUGAUGCGGCGCACCCAUCAUUUCGAUACACUAAAGUUUGUGCAACGGCUGAGGAACGAAGGGUUCAGCGAGGAGCAAUCCGUGGCGCUGAUGAAGGUGCUCAACGACGUUAUCCAGGAGUCGAUCCAUAACCUGACACGAACUAUGGUACUAAAAGAGGACUCGGAACGUGCAACAUACACGCAAAAAGUCGACUUCGCCAAACUGCGCUCCGAACUACUCAACUCCGACUCCAACGAAGCCCAACUCACGCGCUCAUCGCACGAGCGCAUCGCCGCCGACCUGGCCAAGAUGAACUCGCGCCUGCGUGACGAGAUUGGACGGACACAGGCGUCGGUUCGACUGGAUCUCAAUCUAGAAAAGGGACGUAUUCGCGAGGAGGCCAAUAGCCAGGAUAUGCGCAUCAAGGAGACGGAGACGCGGAUUGAGCAGGAGGUUGCGGGAUUGCGGGAGCGUGUGCAGGUGGUGAAGCAGUCGACGCUGCAAUGGCUUGUUGGUGUUUGCACGGGUACGGCAGCUCUUAUUGUCGGUGCCUGGCGCUUGUUGAUGUGA